GCAGGCAACUUCCUCCAUCCAAACACUGAGUACAGAGAGAGACAGACCAUGCAUGAUAUUGUCCUCUUCAAUUCAUACAGCAAAUAAGAAAUUCGUUCAAAUUUAUAUACGGCCCUUCUAUUGCUUCGAGAAGUGUGAAAAAGUCGGGCGCUCAGUAUGGGUGCGCUUCUUUCUAUCCCAAUGCUGGUUCUGCCCGGCGCUGGCACCAUAUUUUCUGUCGCGGCUUCUUGUUGCGGCGCAGCGACAUGUUCUGCUGUGUGUAGCGCAUGUGGCAAGUUUCAGAGCAGCAUAGCAACGAGAAUCGCAUAUGCCUUCAUACUACUUAUCAACUCGAUAGUCUCCUGGAUUAUGCUCACGCCUUGGGCGCUGGAAAAAUUAGAACACCUUACAAUGGAUUAUAUGAAGAUCCGAUGCGACGGAAAGGAAUGUCAUGGCUGGGUCGCUGUCCAUCGUAUCAACUUCGGUCUAGGUCUCUUCCACUUGUUACUCGCUCUCCUCCUUCUCGGCGUGAGAUCCUCGAAAGACGGCAGAGCGAUGCUACAAAAUGGUUUCUGGGGUCCAAAGGUACUUCUCUGGAUCGGUUUUGUCGUUAUGUCUUUUUUCAUUCCGGAAUCCUUCUUCUUCGUUUACGGCCAUUACAUCGCUUUCAUCUCCGCUAUGCUCUUCCUUCUUCUCGGCCUCAUUCUGCUGGUCGACCUUGCCCACUCCUGGGCCGAGCUUUGCUUGGAGAAAAUUGAAGACAGUGACUCUCGUCUCUGGCGCGGGCUAUUGAUCGGCUCGACAUUGGGAAUGUAUCUCAUAUCGUUCGUCAUGACGAUAUUGAUGUACGUCUUCUUCGCCAAGAGCGGGUGCUCGAUGAAUCAAGCAGCAAUCACUGUUAAUCUUAUCGUCUUCUUGAUCAUUUCUUUCGUCUCGAUUCAGCCUGCGAUUCAAGAAUACAACUCUCGUGCUGGUUUGGCGCAGGCUGCCAUGGUUACCGUUUACUGCACAUAUUUGACAAUGUCUGCCGUCUCGAUGGAACCUGAUGACCGUCAAUGCAACCCGCUUCUCCGUGCACGUGGCACUAGGACAGCCAGCGUUGUCCUCGGCGCGAUAGUCACCAUGGCCACUAUCGCUUAUACUACAACUCGCGCGGCAACACAGGGCAUCGCUUUGGGAUCUAAAGGCGGGCACAACUAUUCUGCACUUAGUACAGAGGCAAACGAGCACGGUUUAGUCACCCAACAACCUUCAACUCGACGUGAGAUGAGGAUUGAAGCCCUGCGUGCUGCUGUUGAAAACGGUAGUCUUCCCGCUAGUGCCUUGGAUGAGAGCGAUGAUGAAGAUGAUGAUGAUUAUGACACCAAGGAUGAUGAGCGCGGCUCUACCCAAUAUAACUACUCUCUGUUCCAUGUCAUCUUCUUCUUGGCUACAACAUGGGUGGCCACACUACUCACACAACAAUUGGAUCCAGAAACUGAAGGUAACUUUGCAUCGGUUGGUCGGACCUACUGGGCCAGCUGGGUCAAGAUUAUCAGUGCCUGGGUUUGCUAUGCUAUAUAUUUGUGGACACUCAUAGCUCCAGCCAUGAUGCCAGAUCGAUUUGAUUAUUAGUUUGGAUGUACGAAUAACUGCUUUCCUAAGAUGUCAAGGUUGCUGGUGUUUGGGCGGAUAACGGUCUUGUUUAUCGCUAAAAAUUCAUUUAGUCUAUUGUUAUUUAAGCUAAACCAUAACACUGAAUAUACUCUUGGGAUUGCUCAUUCUG